AUGGAAAAAACUAGUGUAAUUUUGGUUGAAAAAGCUCUUGGGUACCUUUAUGGUCAUAUGCUUGUCCAACUGCAAUCAUAUCAUUUUCUUCAUGAAAUUCAUUCCAAUGCAUUACCAUUGGGAGAGGUCAUGCAUGCUAUGGGCUGGUUCCAAGGUCCUGAGCCUGCCCCAUUGGACUGGACUAUAGUUCGUGGCCACCAAGGCAGAUUUGCCCGUGGCGGCCCUAGUUCUUCCGCCGCAUCUGAGCGUGCAGGAGGAAGUUUUGUCGAUAAUGAGCCGCCACGGGGCAGGCCCUCACAGUCCACUAACACAGACUGGUUAGUGACAUCACCCCAGCCCGGGGGGCCGACAGAUACGCGACUGAUCCCUAGCUAUGGCGGGCACAUAGCUAAACUUAUUUAUGACGGAUCCGAGCGUACGCCUCCGAUUCUGGAGUGCCGUAUUAGGAAGAGACCGGUGGAGUCCAUCAUCGGAUUGAGGGAUUUGUCCGUUGAGCUAGUCGAUUUUCUACCUUACACUUCCCUCGGUCGACUACCGGUCAUUAUGCACCAGCACAUCGACUCUGCUUUGAUAUCGGCGUUCGUCGAGAGGUGGCAGCCGGAUACGAACACCUUUCACAUGCCCUGGGGAGAGAUGACGAUUAUGUUGCACGACGUGCAACGCAUAUUGGGCAUUUCUAUUGAUGGUUCUCUGCCGGCUGAGCCUUCGGAGGCGGAGUGGGAGGUUGGUAUCACCAAUCUGGUCGGCGAGCCUCUGUCUGAGCUUCGACGUAAAGGUUCAUUCACCAGCGGAUGCAUAAGCGUUGCUGAACUGAUGCGGCUGUGUCAUAGGUCGCAUGCCUUGGAUACCCAGACCACAGCGUACUACAUGGCUGUCAUUGGCUCUACCUUGUUGGCGGAUAAGACCAGGACUGGCAUGCGACCUCACCCGAUAGUUGUCGUCAACGACGAUGAACAGGACGUGGCUUGGGGUGCGGUGACUUUGGCGUUCUUGUACAGGCAGCUCGGAAUGGCAUCUAGGGCUGGUUGCAAGACCAUUGCUGGAUGCCUCACAUUGCUCCAGACAUGGAUCUAUGAGUACUUCCCCGCUUUCCGCCCUCAUCCUCGCCGAGAUGAUGUGCCAAACACGACUAGGGCGGAGAUGUGGACGCCGAAGAAAGUAGGUCGUGAGCUGGACAGGUUGAUAUCAUUCCGCAAGGUUCUGGACUCAAUGACAGAGACUCAGGUUGAAUGGACUCCCUACAAUUGUGGAGCUGCUGCGUUGCUGCAUGAGCACCCACGCACCACAGUCAUCGGGGGUAUCACCUGCUUUGAUGUUGUGGAGGUGUAUUUGCCGGAGCGGGCAUUGCGACAGAUUGGGUUCGUGCAGUCUAUUCCUCCAGCUCCUAUGAGACCAGCCAAGGCUCUUCGACCGGCACACGGAACCUACUCCGUGACCUUUCCUUCUUCUGCUGCUGCAUUUGUGGAGGCGUGGAGUAGGUUCCCCUACAGUGGCCGCCUUGUUGAGCAGGGACUUCGACGGGCUACUGUUCCUUCAGAGACUGAACCUAAUUACGUUGAAUGGUUCAGAGUUUGCUCGCACCCGUACAUAUCCCGAGACGAAUUGCUGGCUUCCGGUCCUGGUCCUGGUCAGAGCAGAUCUGAUUACUUCGCGAAAGAAUGGGCCAGUCGAUUCUCUCCAGUGGCAAGACUACCUACGCAGCUUGCGGAUUUGAACUCCCGUCAACGACAUGCGUUAGAAAUAUACCUUAAUGAUUGUAGAGAAUUAUAUGAUCAAUGGCAUACUGAAUAG